UUCGUUUACUAAUGCCCUGCAAAAUGUUUUAAUCCAAAUUCCCCUGAAGAAAUAGGAGGAACCAGUAGCAGACCCAUGCAACGGGGCUUCGAUAGUUGGUAUGUUUUUAAUUCCUUAGGAAUUAUUUAGCAAAUGGCAUUUCUUCUCGCAUGAUAAUGGAAUAAUAUAUUGGUAUGCUGCAUAUAAUUAAUUAGCAUUAGUAAAACGACGGAUUCCGUCACUUUAAUGACUGAAUUAUAGCCUAUGAGAGAGAGAUGCAGAGAUUCGGAUGAUGAUUUCCAUUGGCAGAUGAUAGUGUGGAGAACACGUGUCCAUUUUUGCCUCACAUUUUUUUCUGACCCGGAAUUCUUACAUGUCACACCAAGAAGGGAAAUAAUCUGACUGCCAAUGCACGGGCUAGGUUUGCGUCUUAUGGAAAUCUUUGGUUGCAGAUCUGAGGAAAACACGUAUAAUAUCAUCCCCUCUGCGGCAACGAUGCUUUUCCACGGACUCCCUGGAGGCGACAUGCACGGUGUUGUGGAAGAAAUGGAGCGGAGAGGAAAGAGCGAAUCCGCAGCUAUCAGUUCGGCCAUAGACAUGGGAGAAUCUGAAACGAACAUGCAGUGCAUGAACAGUGACAGGGUGGCUCUGUGCGCGGGCUGCGGUGGAAAGAUAGCUGACCGCUACUACCUGCUCGCGGUAGACAAACAAUGGCACAUGCGCUGUCUCAAGUGCUGCGAGUGUAAACUCAACCUGGAGUCCGAGCUCACCUGCUUCAGUAAAGACGGAAGCAUCUACUGCAAGGAAGAUUAUUACAGAAGGUUUUCGGUCCAGAGAUGUGCCCGGUGCCACCUCGGGAUCUCGGCCUCAGAGAUGGUGAUGCGGGCCAGGGACUUGGUGUACCACUUGAACUGUUUCACCUGCACAUCCUGCAACAAGAUGCUAACGACUGGGGACCACUUUGGCAUGAAAGACAGUCUGGUCUACUGUCGGCUGCACUUUGAAAAUCUCAUACAGGGGGAAUAUCAGACACAUUUCAAUCAUGCGGAUGUAGCCUCUCACAAAGGACUGGGACCUGCCAACGCUUUGGGACUAUCCUACUUCAACGGCGUGGGGACUGUGCAGAAAGGGCGGCCCAGGAAAAGGAAAAGUCCCGGGCCAGGAGCAGAUUUAGCAGCCUACAAUGCCGCACUCAGCUGUAAUGAGAACGACGGCGACUCUAUGGACAGGGACUCCUACAGCUCCAGUCAGAAGACCAAGCGCAUGCGGACCUCCUUCAAACACCACCAGCUGAGGACCAUGAAGUCCUACUUUGCCAUCAACCACAACCCAGACGCCAAGGACCUGAAGCAGCUGGCCCAGAAGACUGGCCUCACCAAGCGUGUACUACAGGUCUGGUUCCAGAAUGCUCGGGCCAAGUUCCGGCGGAACCUGAUGAGACAGGAGAACACGGGCGUGGACAAGACCUCAGACGGCUCCACCCUGCAGGGGGGCACACCCUCUGGCCCCGCCUCAGAGGCCUCAAUGAGCCCCUCCAGCACACCCACGACCCUGACGGACCUGACCAACCCCACCAUGCCCACCGUCACCUCCGUGUUAACCUCUGUGUCUGUCAGCAUGGAUGUUCACGAGUGCAGAAGCCCAUCGCAGACCACCCUGACCAGCCUGUUCUGACGCCCCCUCACAGACUGCCCCCUUCAGCUUCCUCUGAUGCCCCCAACCCUUUAAGCAAACACCCUGACCCCCCCCCCCCUCGACUCUGUCCACUCGGACCCUAAACACAGACCUUUGACAGAGACAUUGAAUGGACUAGUAAAACUAAGGUAAAGGAAAGAGGAUCUUACUUUUACUCUGAGCCCAUUUUAGAAUAUUUGCAUAGUGAGGCUGCAAAGCCUUGCAGAAGGAACCGUUGUUGUUAUUCUGUUGUUGUUGUUGUUGUUGUUGUUGUUUUGUUGAGAACUGAAGAGACUUGAUUUGCAUUUUUCAGUGUUUACAGAAUGAAACUUGGGGAAAAAAAGAAGAAAAAAAAACUGCUUAAUUUUGGAAAUUCAUUUUUUCCAGCACAAUAUUUAUGUUGUUGUACAGGAGCCACUGUUAGGAAACAUUGAGAAGGAUUGUAAAAUGAUGGGAAAUCUGAGAUUAAACACAGGCUAAGAUAUCCUAAGACUGCAAUGUGCCUUACACUCCAUUCUAUCUUCAAUUGGCCCCAACAUAUCCAGACCUAUUUCUCCCAGUAACAUCAGAUAGAUACACAUGUUUUGAACCAACAGAGAGUAUAUUGGAUCAAGGGUAUAGGAGUAAAUGUGUGUGUGUUCCGUGUGUCUGGUGCAUGUGUCUGUGUGUGUGUGUGUCUGUGUGGGUUUGUGGUCUUAACUGCUGUUGAAUAAAUCAAAAAUUACAUAUUUGCACGCACACACAAACACAGAUCUGGCGUAUGAUAUCAUACAAUAGGUUGAAAUGAAACAGCCAAUGAAAGCUUGUUUUGUUUUGAAAUAUUGUGAUCUUACGAUUUGCAUUUAUCUUACAAGAACAUCAACUCUAUACCUCAUUUACAUAAGAACUUGAUAUCAAUGAAGAUGGUUUUGCUGGCUAAAUCCUGCUGUGACACACAGUGCACACUGGCAUCCCGACCUCUUACCUCAACUCAGCUUCCACUGUUCAACACAACUGGGAAUUUUGAAUUGCAAUUGGUCAAAAUGUUAUUUCCCCCAACAGGAGAUGAAGCACUAAAAGCCAAUAUAAGGCUAUUUUCAAGUGUAUCUUUAAUCAGACACAAUGUAGCAUGAUAUGUGUAGGCAGCGUGUUAUGUCCAACCAAGAGAAAAGGCCAGCUAUUUAUAUUUGUGUUCCAGUAAAUACCAUAAUUAUCAUAAAGCUCUAAUUGUGGGCUUCUGUUUAAGUUGUGCAACCAUUUACUUCCAAAUUCUGUUACAUGAAACAACAGUCAACUGGCUACAAAUGUUUAAUUUUCCCUUUUGUGUACAGUAUCACAAGCCAGAUAUUUUACUCAUAGGGACAAAAGGAUGAGUUUACGAGUGAGAAUACGCAGUCAUAUGGUUCCUUCCACCUUCAUCCCUCAAACACUACUACUACUACUACUACUACUACUGUACCAGCUACUGGUCUCCAAUGAUGUAUGGUUAUUGACUGAGGACUUACUGUUUUCCUGCACCUUCUUGUACAGAUCCUGACCCUUCGAUGUAGUCUUCAGUUCUGUAAGAAAUAUAAAAAAUCAAUUAUAACUUAUGUCAUCCUUACAAAUUUGUUCCUUCACGUCUGUGCGUUUUGUAUUACACCAUUAAAAGCACUAACCUAUUUUGCAUUGCUCGACUAAAGCCUCACAUUGAGAUGGUCUGUCAUCUAUCUACUGUAGUGGAUGGUGGUACUGUAGAUGUAUUGUCAUAGGAUCAAAUCUGUCUCUACAUAUGCAUUCCCUUCCUUUCAGCAUUCCAGGGAUUCUGUGCUCGUGUGGCAGAUCCAGUCUAGAACCAUUAUUGGAAUUGCAGAAAUGAGGGCCAUGCAAGGCCUGCUCACAUAACCAUUCAGACCCGGGCCGA